AUUAUAAUGUAUGGAACUUCUCUCUUUUCAGGGUGAGAUGAUGCGUGGUGUAGCACCUCAGUACUUGCCACCACACGUUUAUACCACGCAAUAUUAUAGUGCUAUGGAUCCGCGUAUGUUUGGAGGAGAGAAAAUGAUAACACAGAUGCCCUUGGAUAUGAAGGUGGAAAAGGGAGAGCCAGAGAAGCUUGAAUCACACUCCACUUCAGGGACCCCAGGACCAGCUGAUUUCCCUUCAAGACCGAGUGGAGCCCCAGCAGCAUUAGCUCCAAGGGGCCAGUCGUCACCUCAUGUCUUGGCUUCUCCACAUCAUGACCGAUCUACUGACUCUCCUCAGGUUGCAAUGGUAUACAGCCGCCUUUACGAUCGGUAUUACAAUUAUCCUGGUCGCGCUGGGACUCCUGGAGCUCCAGGAACAGGUGAACAUGAAGCCAGAAGCAGAAUUUCGUCACCCUCGGGAACUCCUCUUGUAUACCCAGCCAUGGGGCCGGCAGAAGUCCACCACCAACCAAUUGUACAAAUAUCAACUCCACAGUACGCUUCACAAGUUCCACCUCAGUUACAAAUGCUUAUACAGGGUACAAAUGUAACUUGGACUGGACUUCUGGGGCUGAAGCAAGAGCAUGCAGCUGUACAGAUGAUCUAUGUCUCGGGUAGCAGUGAUGUUGCACGUGGUGCCUUGCCAAUUCAUCCAGAUGGAACUACUUCUGUUAUGCGCAUUGGCCAGAGAAUGAGAUUAGAACAAACACAACUUGAAGGAGUUGCAAGGAAAAUUCAGAUGGAAGCAGAACACUGCAUGCUACUGGCUCUUCCUCAUGGCCGAGACUCCUAUGACAUUAUCCAACAGCACAAUAGUCUACGUAAUGGCAUUAUCAACUAUCUUGUUGUGAAACAGGCUGCAGGGAUUGUUAAUGUUACUGCUCCUGGCACUCAUCAGCCUGCAUUUGUGGUUCACAUAUUCCCACCUUGUGAUUUUGCAAAUGAAAACUUGGCUAGAAUAUCACCAGAUUUGUUGCAUCGAGUUGCAGAGAUCUCGUAUCUUCUGGUGGUUAUUGCUACUUGCUGAGUCUCCUUUUUAAUACCGAAGAAGGAUUGUGAUACCUGAAAUAUAAUUUUUUAUGGGAAAUGUACAGCCAAUAUGUUUUAUGAGGUUUUGGAAGUGCAUUUUUAUAUCUUGAAAAGAGACCUAAACCAGAUUUGAAAUUGAAAAUGGAAACUAAGAAAUAUUGAAAUUAUAUGACUGAAAGUUGUGCUAUAUGUAAUUUUUCUUUUUGCAUCAGACCAUUUUCUUGUUUUGAUUGAAGAGUAUGACAAAAAGAACUUGAUAUUAAUGAGUUUUAUGCAGUGAUGAAAUGACCACUUCUUAAAUAACUGCUGCAGAAUCUAUAUUUUUGUGAAGUGUUUAAGUGUGAAACUGAAAAGACAGUAAUAAUGAUAUGAUUUAUACUGUAUGUAUUAGAUAUCCAGAAAUUAACAAUGUAAGGAAAAGUUGAUUUAAAUCUUAAUUGAUUUUCUGUAGUUUGAGUUACCUUGAAAGCUGUAAUUCAAGAAUUAAUGUAAUAUUAUUUACUUUGUAAUUAACAGAAAAUUGUAGAUUCUAUUAGAUUUGCACAACUACUUUAUUGCAAAUAAUGGCUUGUAUUUGUGAUGUAUGUAAAAGAAAAUUUAUUUGAUUUAAUGGCUGAUACACUGAAAUAUGAACAAUUAACAAGUAAGACCUUGCUCUCUCUCUCUCUCUCUCUCUCAGUGGUAAAUGAUGUGGAACACUGUGAUUACCGUUUUAAUGAACAAUG